AUGUCAAAUGAUAAUGAUCCAACAACAUUUGAAGAAGCAUUGGAACGUUAUAUUGAAUAUCGGACACGUUUUGAACAUAUCGAACAUGAAUUUGAUGAAUAUCAACAUUCAUCAUUAAAUUAUGAACAAGAAUUAGAAUUAAAUAUAAAACAAUUAGAUAGUGAAGCACAUCGUUGUCAACAAGAUUUAUUUCGUGAACGUGCACAAAAUGAACAAUAUCGUGAACGUAGUGAACAAACUAUUAAACAAUUCGAUAAACGUUUUGAUCAAAUACAAGAAGAAUUAAAUUCAUGUAAAAAUUUAAAUGAAAAAUUAACACAUUAUAUAAGAGAAUUAGAACAAACAAAUGAUGAUCUUGAACGAAGUAAAAGAACAUUAUUAGAUAGUUUAUCAACAUUUGAAACAAGACUUAAUCGUGCAUUAGAACAGAAUGCUUUGUUAGAAAAUGAACUUGAUGAGAAACAACAGUUAACUGAAACUGUUCAACGAUUACGUGAUGAAACACGAGAUUUACGUCAAGAAUUAGAUGUAUUACAUAAAACAAAUAUCGAAAAAGCUAUUAAUUCAAAAGAGACACCGAUUAUUAAUAGUAAUCGAAUGCAAAGUAUUUUAUCUGAAGCAGCGGCUGCUAGUGGAACAUCAACACGUGAUUCUAAUACACGACAAGAUUUAGCUGAAGUUGAUCAAAAUCUUCCGUCUACUUCACUUGAACAUAUGAAUAGUCUUUCAACACAUAAACCUUCAAUAUCAACAGAUUUCAUUCGUAGUGAUUCAAUAUCGAGUGAUGUACAAUCACCGAAAGGAACUGAUUUUUAUCAACCAAUAUCAAAUACGACUCGUUUACAAUCAUUAAAAUUAAUCAAUGAAGCAUUUCGACGUUUUAGUACUAUUGAAUCAACACUUUCAACUCAACGGAAACGAUCGCAAAUGACAACAUCAAUAACUGGGAAUCGUUCCCGAUUUAAUUCAACAGCAAGUACUUCAAAUUAUAAUAAUAAUAAUAAUAAUAACGACCCUAAUAUAACUCAAACGCAAUCAUAA